AUGGAAGUAACUCGUUACAUGGGCUGGCGACGAGGCAAUGGUGGCUACAAUGGCUGCAUUCAAACCCAUAUCGAUGAGAAGGCAGUGGCUACUAUGGGUUCGGAAACUAUAAGUGGAAUCGGCAAUGUUCCUGCGCAGUAUAUUGUGACAAAUAUUGAGGACUCUUCAUCAAUCGAUCAAGCAUCUCACUUCUGCUUUGGAAGCUUCACUUUUGACAUCGAUGUCAGCAACGUUAACGACUUCGUACACUCAUAUGACGGCUGCUGCACAAUUACCCUGACUGUUGAUGACGGAAGCACAUAUAGCGGAAGUUUCGGAUAUACAGCCUACGUCCAAGAUGUUUCCAACAGCUCGCCACAGUUCAUUUCGCCACCGAUUUGGUACAUAAUGGAGGGGUGCAGCGAACAAACGUACCAUGUCAAUCCGAUUGAUCCUGAAGGAGAUACUGUUCGCUGUCGAUGGUCAUCUGCUUCUGAGGCUUCUGCGUUCGCGAGAAACGCCACAACUCUGAAGCAAUUUUCUCUCGACGAAGAAAAUUGCAUUGUUACAUAUCAUCCUGAAUUUGACGAAGUUGGACGAGGUUCAAAGCCAAUCGCUCUUCAGGUCGAGGAUUUUGAUUCAAACGGAAACCUCCUACACUCUGUUCCGCUGGGAUUUGUCAGCGUCGUUUUCACACCAGACAUCACUGCUGCUCCAAACUCGUUAACGCGAACAUCUUCACGAAAGAGACCUCUUUACGCUGGUCUUAUGGAGGAAAUUGAGGAUGAAAACGACCGCCGUAGACGCUCUUCCGAAAAUCCUGAUUUCAUGCUUUCUCGGAAUAUCCGAUCGACCGAGCCAAAUCAUUGUCUUGGUCGACCAUCUUUCAGUCGUCAAUCACCCGCUCAAGGAGAGGAACGAAUUUUCAUUUGGAAAGCCGGCUUGAAAAUAAUAAUCGACUGGGAAGUCUCCUGGAGCAUUGGAGACUCCAUUUACUACAAUAUUCCUCGAUACCAAUUCAGUAGUCCAUCGGGAAUGACAUGCACCGCUUUCAAUAGUGAUGGAAAAGCAGUCUGCACAUGGCUGCCAACGAGCCAGCAAGCAACUCAAGGCGAACAUCCUCAUUGCGUUGUCGCGUACGACUACUUCGGAAGAGCUUCUGAUCGACAAUGCAUCACUCUGCGAGUCUUUCUUCCAUGUCCAGAGGGCACCCAGCGGGUCGGUUCAAGCUGCGAAUCGAGGCUUCAAAGUUGCAAAAGCGGUUUCGAGCGAAAUGAUGAGGGCGAAUGCGUGGACAUCGACGAGUGCGCUCGAGAAAUGGACAACUGCUUGGCAGAUAAAGAAAAAUGCGAAAACGAGGAGGGUUCAUAUAUUUGUGUUGAUCUACCAAUGUCCGGCGAAGAUGCUCUAGCAACUCUUGAGCAAUGGAUCAAUAUGACGGCUGAGGUGAUAGAUGAUCACCCAAGAGUGGGAAAAUUCCGAAUCCGGAUUUACAAACUCAUUCGAAACGCCAUAACAAGCUUAGAUGCGAAUUGCAUAAGCCCUUACAAUCAAGAAAAAUACGGGAAAAACGAUUUUGCAAUUUGGAUAAAACAAGCAACUAAAUCAGAUGAUCAUUGCACCCAAACUUCGAGGCUUAAGGAUGGCCUCUACUCUUGGGUGGACAACUACGCCUGUUCCGACACUCGAUCAAGGCGUCAAACUCACAGAAUCCACAAAUUCAUCGAAAAAAUUACUAACCCAUACUGCUGA